CACCACGAGAUGAUCUGUCCCGACUCACUGAAGCCCUCCUAGCGAGGGCUCACCUCCACGGAUUGCGGCACAUCUGCUCUCCGUCAAACUCUCUCAGCCGACGGGCCUUUUGGAUGCUAGCCUUCUGUAUUUGUCUGGGUUUACUGUUGUCCUGGUCCUCGAAUCGGCUACUUCACUGGCUGGCCUUCCCACUCACACAAGAGUCCACACAGAGUGGGGCGAGAGAACUGCCUUUUCCCACGGUCACCAUCUGCAACAAUAACCCCGUACGUUUGUAUCACCUCACUAAGAGCGACCUGUACUUCGCGGGUCACUGGCUCGGACUGUUGCUGGCCAACCGCACGGCCAGACCCCUGGUGCUGGACCUGCUUCAAGAUGACAGACGGACAUGGUUUAGCAAGCUGUCAGAUUUCCGUCUUUUCCUGCCUCCACGGCGCUUCGAGGGCACCGGCUUGGAGUUCAUGGACCGACUGGGCCACCAGCUGGAGGAUAUGCUACUGGCCUGCAAGUACCGCGGAGAGCCCUGUGGAGCUCACAACUUCUCCACUGUGAGUCUGAACAAAUGACCU